GCGAGCUCAUUCAUACUAUAGCAAUCUGUUCCGCGCGCUCCGCUGCUCGCAAGGCGGUGAUACGUAGGCAUUAUUAUCAGCCACACCGUCGGAGAGAGAUUACACACCACCGCGCUGCACUGAACUGGAGUCAGGCCACUUUCUAAAAAGCUUUGGACGUCCAAUCGACAAAUGAAAAACGUGCGUGUGCUUCUUCUCCUGAGGACUGACAAUAGUACCCUCUGUAACGUCAAGAAGUCAAACUUUAAUGCGCUUGUUUCGAAAGCGUUUGCACUUGCAUGAGCGAACGCAAGAACACAAGUCGGCAAAGUUGGGCUACAUGAAAAUGUCGGCAACGCACUCCUCGCCUUCGCCAAAUAACAGCAACCUUAUCACGGAGAUUUCCGAUAACGUGGACUCGGCCAACGCGAACUGGCGAACCCUUUUUGGCUUAUCUUUUGUUAUUGCCACUGUUAUCUGCGUGGGAGGUUUCUACUCGCUCGGAUCUUUGCUUAGAAUGAGGACUAAGUCUUCGAUAUGCCUAAUUGUGGCUUCCUUGUCCAUAGAUGACCUGAUCAGCCUCGUUCCGCUGUCGCUUUUCAUGGUCCUCCAGUGGAGGAGAGACAGUACGGGUCGGUCAGGAACGAUAUGCACUUUAUCCGGACUCCUGUAUGUUUUCCAAGGGUUGUCAAGCAAUAUGAAAGCUUGCCUCAUCGUAGCCUACACUUUUUAUGUGACAAAGCGGUUUGGAGUGUACCAGAACAGCUGUCGCCCUCGCGCAGUGCUGUGGGCAGUGGCUGUGGUGUGGACCGUCAGCCUGGCGGUCAGCAUGUUGCCGGUGUGCGGCUGGGGUCGCUUCACCCCUGCCUCUCUGGGCUGUCUCCCGGAGAGUGAUAGCUUCUACGUGUUGCUCCUUUUUGUUUUGUACUCUCUGUGUUUCUGCGGUCUGGUGGUGUGCUCAGUACCUCUUACCUAUCAGCUGUUAUGCUCCGCGGAAACCUUGAAAACAUUUCACCCAAGUUAUUUCGGCGCAGCACUGGGCGCGGACGGUUCUGAUCCGCUCUGUGAGAUCCCGUCUCUUUCUCGGGAUAGCUUGGAGAAAAGUUUUGGAGCGUACGGUGAAUUCAGUUCACAUUCGGGCGGUUUGAAAAAUAAAGACGAGUCCUAUUCAUGCUCGUCCCCUAAAACGGACCGGUUUGGAAAGGUCGGUGCCCAGAGCGCGCGACGCUCCCCAGUGGUCUUCGCGCAGAAACGCUUCUCAAUGGUUCUGGCGAUGGCCCGAAUCGUCCUGUGGAUGCCAAUGAUGGCCCAGAUACUCGUAAGCCACGCUGUUCAGAUGCACAGCGCGUCUCUGGAGACCCUGUGUUUUUUCCUGACCUUGCUCUCCGCUGCGGUCACCCCGGUCUUCGUUCUCUCCGAGCGCUGGAUCCAUCUUCCCUGCGGGUGCUUCAUCAACUGCCGCCGGGAUAAGGGCCCCGCCAAGAGCGCGACGUCUAAACGGAGGUUUGAAUUUAACCUCUCGUUCCAACAAGGCUACGGCGUUUACAAGAUAUCUCGCGCCACGUCUCCUUCCGUUGAAAAGCCCUCUUACGACAGCUUGUACAACUGCGAUUUCUCGGAAAGCCGAGUCGCGGUGCUGGACAGCGGGAGGAUUGCGAGCCUCGCGAGCCGAGAAUUCAGGACCACGGUGGCGGAGGACAGCUCCCUCCGCGGCGAGCUGCUGCUGGACGACGUCGCCCCCGCGGCGAAGGCGGAAGGCGCGCCUCAGCAGAACCCGAGAGAAGGCGACGGUUUUGGAAGCGUCUCCAGUCCCGUUUCGGCCUGCGACCGCGAAGACCUCAACCUCGACUCAUCGUCGGUGUUUGACGGGCCAGAGAGGAGGCUGUCCCACGAAGAGUGUCGCAACAUCGAACUGACGGACUGGGAGUGGUGUCGGAGCAAAUCGGAAAGGACUCCAAGACAGAAGUCUGCGGGAGGAUUGGCCAUUCCUCUGUGUGCCAUCCAGGGCACGGUGUCUCUCCACGCACCCACAGGCAAAACGCUCUCCCUCUCCACCUACGAGGUCAGCAGCGACGGCCUCAAGAUCUCCCCCAAUGGCGCCAGGAAGGUGGAGGUGUACCGCUCCAAAUCGGUGGGCCACGAGCCCAGCGGGGAGGAGCCCGGGGGUGGCGGGGCGGCGGCGUCGGACGUCGGGGGCGUGGCCGACACCAACGUUAAGAUCCACCUGGAAGUCCUGGAGAUCUGCGACAAUGAGGAGGCCAUGGACAGCGUGUCCAUCGUCUCCAACAUCAGCCAGUCGUCGGCACACGCGCGCUCGCCGUCGCUCCGCUACUCGCGCCGCGAGAACCGCUUCGUGUCAUGCGACCUGGGCGAGACGGCCUCAUACUCGCUGCUCAUCCCUGGCUCCAGCCCAGAUGCCGACGGCAUCAACAUCCACAUCCCCGACACGGUGGAGGCCCACCGCCAGAACAGCCAGCGGCAGCGGCUGGACGCCGGUGGCUACCGGGAGGAGAUCCAGCUCCUCAACGAGGUCUACCAGAGGCAGGCGGGAGACGCAGGAGACGAGGACCGCCGCCUGCUUUAGGACUCCGCCGGGCUGGAUGGCAGGGACUCUGGACAUGUCACACAUGGAUUUGAGAGAAGUGGGAGACUAUGGAUUGUGAGGAUGGGCUUGGGAAGGAUGGGAUUUUGGAGACAGAAGCAGGCAAGGUAAAGGGAACAAAGUAGACCAGGAGUAGGGGAACAAGAAAGAAAUCUCAGAGAUGUAGGGAAGAAGGCAGAGAGGUAAAAGCCUGUCAGGAGAUGGUUACUUUUCAGAUGUCUGCUGUUGCAAGCUAGAAGUGUGGCAAUGCUACUCCGAUUGUGUGAAAGCUAAAGAAGGAAAGAGUAGCUUGGCUUUACAGAAAAAGAGAGUGUGAGGGAAGAGAAGAGAAGAGUGAUUGGGAGGGGGAAGGGACUUUCAAAAGGUUAGUGUGACUGAGAAAACGCUAAAGGUACGUGCUCGGCCACAGGCGGGAGGACGCGAAGGUCAUCGUUUAAGCGUUCAUCCUGUCUGGUGGUAUCCCGCCGUCCUUGGCCCGCGGAACAGGCAGAGACGGUUGUGGCUGGAACCUCCGAGGGAGGACUGAAGGUAGAAGGAGGCUAACUGUCCUCGCUGUUUAUGCACAAAAACCAAAAUGGAAACUACAGUGCAGAGCAGGGGGGUGUAGGGAGGAACAGGACUGUGUCUGUGCGUUUUUAUGUCUGUGUGUGGGCGUGGGUGUAAGAGAGAGAGAUAGAGAGAGAGCAGAAAGAGAAAUUAGUUUAAAUACAUUUUAGUAUUCAACCUCAGGCACAGGCCAUAUGGGAACCUGGAAGACAAAAAGCCGACUGUGGAUAUCAAUCAGCACGAUGAGUUUUCCCUGAUGAGAAAUAUUACCCCAGCGUGGCUCUGUGGAAGAUUCCCUAAUGAUUCACCAUUUGGGACAGAUUUUCUGUCUGAGUCAUCUUGUGUAUGUAUGUGUGUGUGUGUGUGUGUGUGUGUGUGUGUUUGUGUGUAUAUGCAUGUGUGUAUGUGUGAAUGUAGGUUUCUCUAUGUGUAAGUAUGAUAUGGCUGAUUACUUAUAUGUAAGCUUGCUGCUUUAUGUGUUUCGUUGAGCUGUGUUUCCCACCCUCCCGUGUUUGGUUCUCCCUCACACACACAUGCACACGCACACGCCUACAGCUAAUGGUUAGAGCGCUAACCACACGUCUACAGCCAUUAGAGAGGCAAACAGGACACUCCAUGGGUGCACAUGUGCUCUGAUGUCAGAUCUACUGUACAAGCAGGCAAGAGAGAGAGAGAGGUUUUUCUGCCACAUUAACCGUUCCGCAAAUGCAAUUUUCCACAGAGAGAAAUGCAUAAUUUUAACUCCUCAUGAAAGUGCAAAUGAAUAUUCAUUUCGAGGCACUUAGGACCUGCUCUUUUCACCUCUGACCUUUCACCCCAGUGCAUUAGCCACCAGAAAUGCAACCCAGACAACACUUACAUUCUGCAUCCCCACAAAUGCAGCUACUAGAAUGUUAAGGUAAUUCAGUGGGAGAUUUAGCUCCUGGUGUCAAGUAGGUAGACCCGGGAGGCGACACCUGCACCACCUCUGUUCCUUCAUAUAUGACAUGCUGUGGAACGUGCUGUUUGUAAAACUGUACAACUGUUCUUCUGGAAAUGGCUAAGAGAUUCUCAGCUGCACACAUCGUCGACGAGCUCCACUGAUACUAAAGACACUGGAUUAUCAGUUCAUAUUAGAUCUUUUCUGCCCAAUGUUUACAUAAAAAGGAGUAUAUUGUGUUUGUUUGUUUGUUUGUUUGUUUGUUUUGAAAUAAAUUUGAUUUUAAGGUGAGCAGCAUUACUUUAAGCAGGAAACUAGCCAAGGCCUCGUGUGCUAACAUGUUAUGUGUUGAAUAUUCUCAAUAAAGGAAACGCAUCGACCUAAUGCCA